UUCACCUACACCUCCCUUGAGGAUGAUGAUAAAAAGAGUUCGGGUCCUUUCCCAGGUCUUAGUUUCCGCAAGUUCUUCCAGAUCAUACAUACUGGCUUGAAAGUACCUCAGGAGCAGUACAUCUCUGAGGGUCGUCAAUGGAGCAACCAUGAGUAACUAUCAAGUCGUUACCUCCAAAAGUAUCGAACGUUUGAGAGUUGACAAACUAGCUUGGACCCGACACCCCCCGAGGAACGGAAGUGGACCGCUUGGGUUUACGCGUAUUUCUGGGCAGCACAUGCUGCAAACGCAAGUGCUUGGACAGCAGGAAGUGCAACGCUUAGUCUCGGUCUCCCCUGGUGGCAUGCUUGGCUCGCCCUCAACGUCUCUCACAUCAUCGGUGUAUGUUGUUUGUCGCUGUGACCAUAUGUCUCUCUCUUCUCGCUCAAAUCACGUCUAUCAGACCUUUCUGGUCGUUGCAAAUGGGCGUGUCGCCGCUCGCUAUCAUAUUGGGUUCCCUAUAGUUGCUCGUGCGUCUUGGGGAAUGUGGGGGAGCUACAUGGCUGUUAUUAUGAGGGCUGUUGUCUGUAUCAUAUGGAAUGGCGUGACUACAUUUUACGCCGGACGUUUGGUGGACGUGUGUUUGCAAUGCAUAUGGCCUUCUUGGGCCAACAUCUCCAAUGACCUUCCCGUGUCGGCUGGCGUCACAACCCGACAACUGGCGUCCUUUUUCAUAGCGUGGUUCAUAUUUCAAUGCCUUACAUUGUUUCAUCCUCGAGACCUGAAGUGGUUCUACGCUGCGAAGUCAGUCAUAGUGUUCAUCGCAAUGCACGGAAUUCUAGGUUGGUGGAUACAUCGGAACGGAGGUGUCAAAUUUCCUUCACAAAAAUCCGUCAAUCGGUCCGGUUCAGAUCUAGGCUGGUUAUGGAUGCAAGCCUUCAAUAGCGGAUUCGGGACCAUAUCCUCGUUGACGGUCAAUCAAGCCGACAUAGCGCGUUACGCCCGCAAGCCCAGCGAUCAAUUUUGGGGGCAACUUUUCAUGUUUCCGCUUGCUUCUGCUAUACCUGGCUUAUAUGGAAUCUUGACGGCUUCUGCUUCGCAGGAGCUGUACGGGACGCCGAUUUGGAAUCUUUGGGAUCUCUGUCAGAAAAUGCUUGAUCAGUAUCCUCAUAACGCCGGCGCCCGAUUUGCCAUAUUUCUAGCAUCUGGCAGUAUGGCGCUUGCGCUCAUUGCUGUUAACCUUGCCACGAAUUGUUUGCCUUUCGGUUCAGAUGUCACGGCACUCUUUCCAAAAUAUAUGACGAUUAAGCGAGGCCAAUUCAUUGCUUGCUUGGCUGGGCUGGCGAUGGUGCCCUGGAAGAUUUUAAAGAACGGUCAGACCUUCUUGGCCUUUCUGUCUGGAUACGGAUACUGGCUGGCACCUGGCGCAGCCAUCUUAUGCGUCGAUUAUUUUCUGACAUUCAAUGGGAAUGUCGUUACGAAAGAGUUGUAUGUCGGUCAUCCAAGUGGAUUCUAUUGGUAUACAAGGGGUUGGAACAUUCGUGCACCUAUAGUCACGAUUCUUGCUCUCAUUCCUUGUAUGCCUGGGUUCGCUUUUAAGAUCGCACCAACGACUGUCAAUAUUUCCGACGAUGCGAAGCGGAUGUUUGACGUAUCUUUCCUAGUCACCUACUUCAUCGCUGGAGUUCUAUAUUUUCUAUCUUACAAGAUCUGGCCGCUCCCUCAACAUAAGCGAGAGAUGCUCCAGGAACUCAAGUUUGAAGCUUUGGCUGAUGCUCUCGACGAAGUGGAGAGGAAUAAGCGAUUAGCUGCCGAUUUCCGCCGCACAUCUGGUGAUGAGAAAUCACUCGAGAAUGGGUAUGUAGUUCCGUAGUUCCGUAGCAGGCGUGUAGAUAGCUCUGUUGCCACGAGGGAGAUAAAUUUUUGUAUUGAGAAGCCUGAUCAGUAUUAUAGCUGUCAAGAAUUGUAUACUAAGUUAUCACCCAAUG